GUAGGUUACGGCAGGGACGCGUUCCAAACGGAUCUAUACUGCCUACAUAGGUGCACUUUGUUGGUAUGGAACACACAGCUGAUGUAGUGCACUAUGAGUCUAUUAGGGAGGCGUUUGGGAUCGAGUCAGAGUGAGUUGGAUUGAGAAAGGUGUCAGUGAGGGGAUUUUGGUCUCAGGCAGCUGGUGGAGAGGAGAGAAGUUAAAAUAGUCCAUUUUUAAUUUUUUAUAAAUAUUACACUGAGCAAAUGUGUAGGAAGUUAAACUGAGACGGAGCUAACUGCUAACGGUUUGGUCAGAGGUCAAGUGUCCAAGGUGAUUUAAGGUGAGGCACUCAGCAUGGCAGAAUAUCCCUAAGCAGUUUUCAGCGACUGGGUCUGACGAUGAGCAGGAAGGAUGCGAGGAUAGAAAUGGACCUGGUCUGUUCAUCUCAUCAGUCGUCUGCUUAUGGAUCAGCGAAACCAUACGGGUCGUCUCGCAGCAUCGUCAGAAGGAUCGGCUCGACCCUCCCUCUUGCGCCAUGCCCUCGGGUCCGCUUUCAGCUCGAGACGUUCACCGCAGGAGGCGUGGGCAGUUCAGGAGGACACAGUGGGGUCGUAGCAUCGCUAGCUGACGUAGGGUGGAUCGAGCAAGAGGAGAACGAUGUCUCUGGGAGACGGCAGUUGGAGGCAGACUCGGGGCUGGCGUUUCGCACUCAGCAGUGCCCACCUCUCAGACGCCAGCGCUCUUUACCCAGCAUGCACCAGGCCGUGUUCGCUCCGCAGAGCCAGACAAUCGUCAGUGAGCAGGCCAUUCAAAAGAUCAGCGCUCUGGAGAACGAGCUGGCUAAACUGCGAGCACAGAUAGCUCAGAUUGUACAGGCCCAGGAGCGGAACGCACAGUCUGCGGCUCCUGCUCCAGGUGGUCCUCCUCCUCCACCCUCAGCACCUCCUCUUGCGCCUCCUCCUCCUCCACCGCCACCUCCUCCAGGCCCAGGCAUGCAGAGGAGCGUUUCUGCUAUUGACCUCAUCAGAGAGCGGCGCAGUAAAAAGUCCAAUCAGCACACGGUGUUGGAGUCGGGGCCUAAACAGCCCGAGGUGCCGAACAUGUUAGACGUGUUGAAAGACAUGGGCAAAGUGAAGUUGCGCUCCGUUAAAAAUCGUCUUGAGGAAGAUCACAGCAAGACUAAAGCCGGCGAAAUCACAGACCCCGCUGCUCUGAUCGCCGAAGCUCUGAAGCGCAAGUUCGCCCAUCGCUACCGCAACGACAGCGAGAACGAGAGCAGCUUCAGUCUCCCUGCUCGAGAAUCGAAACCACACUCGGAGACGCCUGCGUUCGGACAGCACAUGUUGAAAUCAACAGGAAUAAGAAAACUCGUGUGACGGCGGAUCUGCGAGCUGAACGUCGAGCUCGCGUACACAGGAACAGACAUGUAGCUGCAGGGAUGCUAAGCGCUCAGUCUGGUUUCCUGCACCCGCAGCGUCGCAGCCCAUUUUUAUGCCUCGUUUAUGUAAAGCUCACGUCACGUCAUGUCGGAAUUACAGUAACGCAAACACAACUAGUUGAGAUUCAACUAGUUGAAUCUUUUCAACUAAAAAAACCCUAACCCCCCCCCGGUUCCCCCCGGUCUCGAGAAAUCAUUUCUGUGGCAAUUUGCACAACAUCGAAAAGGACACACGCUAGCGAGGAAUUAGCCAAACUACAUUUCCAUGUUUCAUUACACAGUAAGCACUCAAAAGCUCGGUUUGUUCAUGUUUGUCGAGACGUUUAAAACGAUAUCUUAUUUUCCGAACUCUGACGUGACGUGAGCGAUGAAUCAAGAGCAUUGGAAUUUUUUAUUUAAAAAAACAAACAAACAUGUUUAACAUGUUCUUGUUUUAUUAUUCUUCCUUUCUUAAAAUUUAAUUAAGGUCUAUCAAAAAAGCAUGCUGAUAAAUGUUCCUGCUCUAUAAAAACACACACACCAGCAUUACUAUUAAACGUGGUUCCUCUCAGUUCAGUGUUACGUGACAAACACGAUUAUAUACGUGACAUAAGCACUUUCUAUAAAUUCUCCUAAAUUCCUGUUAGUGUUAAUUUAUAAAGUGUGUGUAGGUGGGGUAUUUAUGAUUGAUUUUAGAUAUUAAUAAUUUAGUCUUGUUAAUAGGAUGUCGUUUGAAUUAUGUUAGUUGCUGCUGGUUAUAAAUACACACUACAGAUCAUUCUUUUAAUAACAUUUUUUUUUUCCCCUCAUUGUUGAUGUCGUACGCAGCUCGGCUUGCUAGGAGGUUUGUGUUAGCUUUUCAGUAGCUACACCUACACGCAUACAUUCCAGUGUUGUUUAAGAUAAUACUUUAUUAAUCCCCAGAUGGAGAAAUUAGGGAUUUAAUUUUAUUCUUUAUGUCUUGUUGCCAAGACGACAAAUCCAGAAACUCAAACAUGCUCAGAGCGGCUUAUUUAAGGUAAACAAGAUUAGAGCAUUUAUAACUUAAUUCACUUGCUUAACUAAAUUGUCAUAAUUUAUACGCUAGAGCAAAUCUUUAUUAUUUUUUUAAUUGUCCUCGUUUAAAAAAUUUAAAUAAGCUCUCACCUGGAGUUCAUGAUUCUCUGUUGCUUAAGUUUAAUAACAAUCCCAUGUUAGGAGUGUUGCGGAACAACAGUAAAUUUACACAGUACACUUUUUUGGACCAGCAUUAUUACUCAAUAACAUGUAGCUAAUUAGAUAUAUACAUUUUCACACCCUUUUUCUUUUUUUUUCCCCCCAAUAUAGUUUUUUCAUCUUUGUUUUUGCGAUAUGGUCCAUCCAUGUUCCACUAUUUAGAACACUAAUACAGUUCAUUACAUUCUGACUGAAGCACUUUGAUGAAGUAAAAGGUAUAUAGUAUAAAAGUACGCUCGGAGCUCAACAGCCGAGUAUUAAAGGGAAUCAGGAUGAAACAUUUCCGUUGUUUAAAACACACUAGAGGAACAUUCCCGUUAUUGUAAUACCUUAUCAAAUCAACUAGAAUAAAGAGUUCAUCAAUAAAAUGUUUAAAUUCUCA